CGGCAGACUUCACAUUUUUUCACUCCGUAAAAGCAGCACCAAGGACAGUCAAACAGGACAUGAGAAGCGCAACACGGAACUUCCAUGCCAAGGCAUCAUUCUACGCAACGUUCACAUCGUCCUCGUAGCGGGCAGGCACGACACCACGUACACGGCGGUAGUACCGGCAGCGACGACUUUGGAGUCGACAUCCUCGAUGUCGAGUUCAGCACAUUAUCCCCCGUGCUAGAUAGCACAGCCGGCCCGAAAUUCUGGAAGAAAAUCAUCAUAGCCAGACCCAUCGGCACGCCCUGCAGCGGCAACGCCGUCUGGGCCGCGAUCUGCAGAAGCUGGAUCUGGUCCCCGACCCGCUUUCCCUUGUCGGUGUCUGGCGUCAGCGUGGUGACCAAUACAGAUGAGCACGAUACAGGCAUGGACGAAGGGCAUGUAGUGGCCAAGUUUACGGACAAGACCGCCGACCAAGAUGACGCUCGCCACGUUGGAGAGAAUGAGGGGGGUGCGGGAGAUGGCUGGGUCGAGGGGGGACAUAUCCCUGUUGCUUGUAAGUAAACGGGGAUAAAUCAGAUCUGCAGAAAGCAACUGGAACAGAGGCGGAAGGUCAAGACGCUCGAGGACCAAAUUGUGCGUU